CUAUGCCACUCUGUCAGCUGUGUCUUUCAUUCAGGAAGGGCCGGGGGCUGGCAGGGUACCUGUGCUUCUCUCCCCUGGAAGGCUUUCUACGUGGCUGACCUGUUCCCUGCAGUGCCCGCUGCCCUCCUUCCCAGCACUUGGCAGCCAUAGGAUGCAGAGGGAGGCUGACGGGGUCCCUGGGGGGCUCUCAGUAGCCACCACCAGGCUCCCAGGGGUGCCUGAGCGGAGCAGGAGGCAACAGGUUGGCUCGACUCACAGGCAGCCUUGUGGGAGCCAGGUGAACCCGUCACGGCAGUCCCGACCUCACCCUGUCCCAGUCCCUCAGCCGGUGGAGAAGACCUCCCCCACGUGCCCCAAGUGUGACAAGAGCUUCAGGGAUCAGACUGCACUGGCCGCCCACGAGCGAUGCCACACAGGCGAGAGGCCCUUCACGUGUGCCAACUGUGGCGAGAGCUUCAGCCAGAAGGGCUCCCUGAUCACCUACCAGCGCUUCCCCACGGGCGAGCGUCCCUUUGCCUGCACCAUCUGCGACAAAUCUUCCACCAGAAGGUGCACCUGA